UGUAGUCUCCACGGACAAACCUAAACCCGUGCGGAGAGAGAAAGAGGGAGGGAGGACGAGAGAGGAUGGAUGAUGUGGAUAUGGUCUGAGGAGCGGCUCUUCCUCUCUUGGUGUUGUCUCACCUCCCCUGCGAAGCUGUGAAGCUUUUAUCCUGUUUCUUUAACAAGCCGCAGCAGUUGUUUGCGUCAUUUUUUUCUGCAUUUUUAAAUAUCGAGGUGCUCUCUUCUUCUAUUUACUGUGCAUCCAUCGUCAUUCCCACAAUCAUCACCAUCAUCUGUAGCCAUGUCGGACUCGGAGGAUAUGACGGAGUUCGCCAGCAUCGUGGAGCGGAUCGAGAGGGGCGAGGUCCCGAUCAAGAACAUAGAGAGGGAGCUGAUCUGCCCAAUCUGCAAGGAGCUCUUCACCCAUCCGCUGAUCCUGCCCUGCCAGCACAGCGUCUGCCACAAAUGUGUGAAAGAGCUGCUCAUGUUGAACCACGAGGACUCUUUUGAUGCCGGUUCUGAGUGCUCCCUACCGGGCAGCCCCAGGUCCAGGGUGCCCUCCCCCUCCAUGGAGAGGCUGGACAGGCUUGUGAGAUCAGGUGGGUCUCAGGCCACUGUGCGAAGGUCGUUUGGAAGUCGAGGUAGACGCGGGCUCCGUGUUUUGAGUAGCUGUAGUAGUUCAAUCUCCUCUCCGGGAUGGCGCAGAGGAUCUGUGACUCCCCGGGUCACCGCUAUCCCGUGCCCAGGCUGCCAGCAUGACAUAGAUCUGGGCGAACGCGGCAUCAGCAUGUUGUUCCGAAACUUCACCCUGGAGAGCAUCGUGGAGCGCUACCGGCAGGCUGCCCGCGCAGCCGUCGCCAUCAUGUGCAACAUCUGCAAGCCUCCACAGCAGGAGGCAACAAAGAGCUGCAUGGACUGCAAGGCGAGCUACUGUAACGAGUGUUUCAAGCUGCACCACCCCUGGGGCACACCCAAAGCCCAGCACGAGUAUGUUGGUCCCACGAUGAAUUUUAGGCCCAAGGUUCUCAUGUGCCCAGAGCACGAGAUGGAGAAGGUGAACAUGUACUGUGAGGUCUGCAGGCGUCCCGUGUGUCACUUGUGCAAGCUUGGAGGAUCCCAUGCUAACCACAAAGUCACCUCCAUGAGCAGUGCAUACAAGAUCCUCAAGGAGAAGCUGGCCAAGAGUAUCCAUUACCUCAUCAGCAAAGAGGACCAGGUCAGGACUCAGAUUACUGAGCUUGAGGUGCUCAUCAAUAAGACUGAGGAAAAUGGCCAGUUAGCAGAGCGUCAAGCCAACGAGCACUUUGAGCGUCUGUUUGAGACUCUGCAAGAGAGAAAAUCUGAGAUGCUGAGGUCAAUCGAGCAGUCUCGUAACCGUCGCAUGGAGCAGCUCAGAGGCCAGGUGGAAGAGUACCAAGGUAUGCUGGAGAACAGUGGGUUGGUGGGCUAUGCUCAGGAGGUGCUGAAGGAAACCGAUCAAUCCUGUUUUGUGCAGACUGCGAAGCAGCUGCAUGUCAGGAUCCAGAAAGCCACAGAGUCUCUGAGGACCUUUCACCCUGCAGCUGACCCCUGCUUUGAUGAGUUUGUCCUGGACACGUCCAGAGAAGAAAUGCUGCUUAAAGAGAUGUGCUUUGGUGGAGUUCCAGACCCACCUCUGAUUGACCUGUCCAAUAGCAGAGUCUAUAAUGAGGCCUCAAUCUGCUGGAGGCUCUCUGAUGACCACCUACCUACUGAUCACCACAUGCUUGAGUACCGCAGACUUGGAGGCCCAGGCCAGUCCCCAUCCCAGGAAGAUGGUGAGGACAAUGGUGUCUGGAGGGCCACAGACAGAGUGUACGGCCCCAGCACCGUGGUGUGUGACCUGGAGCCUGACAGUCUGUACUCCUUCAGAGUACGAAGCUGCAGGAACUCCAUGUUCAGCCCCUACAGUCCUGAGGUCACCUUCCACACGCCACCUGCACCCGUGUUUGGUUUCCUGUUCAGUGACAAGUGUGGAUUCAGCACGGAGAGGCUCAUUCUAAAUAAGAGACGGGAUACUGUGGAGAGCGUAGCCGGCAUGGCCUUCCUGCUCGCAGCCGAACGUGUGCAGACAGGCAGCUACAUCGGACUAGAUUACAUAAUUGGGGACACGGGCAUCUCUCAGGGAAGACAUUACUGGGCCUUUAAGGUGGAACCAUACAACUACAUGGUUAAAGUUGGCGUGGCCUCCGACACAAAGCUGAUUGAAUGGUUUCACAAUCCGAGAGAUACAAGCAGCCCAAGGUAUGACCACGACAGCGGGCACGACAGCGGCAGUGAAGAUGCAUGCUAUGAGCUCUCCCAGCCCUUCACCCUCGUCACCUUGGGCAUGGGCAAACUCAUCAUCCCGAAGGCUUCUUCAACGUCUAGCUCUUCCACAGCAAACGCACAGUCAGCUGACCCCGGCAGCCGCAUCCUUCCUAUGCCCCAGCGCUUGGGCAUAUGCCUUGAUUAUGACGCGUGCCGAGUGUAUUUUUACGACGCCGACACCAUGAGGUGCCUUUACGAGAGGCAGGUGGAUUGUUCGGGAACAAUGUAUCCGGCUUUUGGCCUCAUGGGCAGCGGCAAGGUUCAGCUGGAAGAGUUCCUAGCCAGUAAGAGACUGGCCUUCUAAGGAGUGCAUUAAGCCUGGAAUCCAUUUCAUCUUUAGUGUGUUCUGGGAAGAACAGGUUUUAUUGACAGGGUGAUGGAAUACAAUUCAGACCAUUUUUGAAGGUCAAAUCAGGCAGAUGUGAUUAGGGCACUUGGUCCUAAUGUG